CCCCCCCAACUCGCUCUCCCCCACCUGCCCGGGCGCCGCCGCCCGCCGAGCCCUCCCUCGGGCCUUUGUCCUGCCGGCGAGGCCUUGCGGCUGCCGCCGGCCUGCGCGCACCCCGGCCCGCGCUAGGUUUCUUACGCGAGGCCGAGGAUCCGCGGCCUAGCCAUCCCUUCUCGCUCCCUCCACACCCGCCCCGUCUACCUUCCCCGCCCCGCAGCCGGCGAGGGGCGAGCCCCCCCACCUUCCUCCCCCCCCCCCCCCCCGCUCCCUCCCUCCCCUCCGCCCUUCUCCCCCGCGUGGAGCCCGGGUGCCCGCAGCAGCGGCGGCGGCGCCUGGCUCACGAGAGGCCGCGGAGCCGCCCCUGGCCUCCCCCUCCCGCCCGUGCCGCCGCUGCCGCCGCCGCCGCCGCCGCAGGUUCCCUCCCUCCCUCCUCCUCCUCCUCCUCCUCCUCCUCCUCCUCCUGCUCCUGCCCCCGGCGGCGGCGGGAUCCGAGCGGUGCCCGGGGAGCGCUCGGCCCGGGCAGGAGGGGAGAGGAACGGCGGGGCGGCGGCAGGAGCAGCAGCGGUAGCAGCGCCAGCAGCAGAAAUGAUGGAAGAAUUGCAUAGCCUGGACCCACGAAGGCAGGAACUACUGGAGGCCAGGUUCACUGGAGUCGGGGUUGCUAAGGUUGGUGCUUCAAAUUCCCUCCCUACCCCCCCAAGUCUCCGUCCGUCAUGCUCCGCACUGGCAUUGGGUCCAUUAAACAGUGAGUCUUCCAACCAGAGCUUGUGCAGCGUGGGUUCCCUGAGUGAUAAAGAAUUGGAGACUCCUGAGAAAAAACAGAAUGACCAGCGGAAUAGAAAAAGGAAAGCAGAAGCAUACGAGACCAGUCAAGGAAAAGGCACUCCUAGAGGACAUAAAAUUAGUGAUUAUUUUGAGUUUGCUGGGGGAAGUGGCCCAGGAACCAGUCCCGGUAGAAGUGUGCCGCCUGUCGCCAGGUCAUCACCGCAGCAUUCCUUAUCCAACCCCUUGCCGCGGCGAGUGGAGCAGCCGCUGUAUGGGGUAGACGGCAGCACAGCAAAGGAACCGCAGGAGGAACACUCUGCUCUGCCAACGCUGAUGUCGGUGAUGCUGGCGAAACAGCGGCUAGAGAAUGAGCAGCUGGCACAGAGGGGAGGUGGCCUCUGUUUUACUUUUGUCUCGGCCCAGCAAGGCAGCCCAUCUUCUACCGGAUCAGGGAACACUGAGCAUUCCUGCACUUCCCAAAAACAGAUUUCCAUCCAGCACAAACAGUCACAGUCUGACCUCACAAUGGAAAAAAUAUCUGCACUAGAAAACAGUAAGAACUCUGACUUGGAGAAGAAGGAGGGGAGAAUAGAUGACUUGCUAAGAGCCAACUGCGAUUUGAGACGGCAGAUAGAUGAACAGCAAAAGAUGCUGGAGAAGUACAAGGAGCGGUUGAAUAGAUGUGUAACGAUGAGCAAGAAGCUUCUUAUAGAAAAGUCAAAACAGGAGAAGAUGGCAUGCAGAGAUAAGAGCAUGCAAGAUCGAUUGAGGCUAGGUCACUUCACUACGGUGCGGCACGGGGCGUCUUUCACCGAGCAGUGGACAGAUGGCUAUGCCUUCCAGAACCUCAUCAAGCAACAGGAAAGGAUAAAUUCCCAGCGGGAAGAAAUAGAAAGACAACGAAAAAUGUUAGCAAAACGGAAGCCGCCUGCAAUGGGACAGACCCCUCCAGCAAGCAAUGAGCAGAAGCAGCGCAAGAACAAGACCAAUGGAGCAGAAAAUGAAACGUUAACGUUAGCAGAAUACCACGAACAGGAAGAAAUCUUCAAACUCCGACUAGGUCAUCUUAAAAAGGAAGAAGCAGAGAUCCAGGCAGAGUUGGAACGGCUAGAGAGAGUUAGAAAUCUACAUAUCAGGGAAUUGAAAAGGAUACACAAUGAAGAUAAUUCACAAUUUAAAGACCAUCCAACGCUAAAUGAUAGAUAUUUGUUGCUACAUCUUCUGGGUAGAGGCGGCUUCAGUGAAGUAUAUAAGGCAUUUGAUUUAACAGAACAGAGAUAUGUAGCUGUGAAAAUACACCAGUUAAAUAAAAACUGGAGAGAUGAGAAGAAAGAAAACUAUCACAAACAUGCGUGUAGAGAGUACAGAAUUCACAAAGAACUGGAUCAUCCUCGAAUAGUUAAGCUAUAUGACUACUUUUCGCUGGAUACUGACUCGUUUUGUACAGUGUUAGAAUACUGUGAGGGAAAUGAUCUGGACUUCUACCUGAAACAGCACAAGUUAAUGUCGGAGAAAGAGGCGCGAUCCAUUAUCAUGCAGAUUGUGAAUGCUUUAAAAUACUUAAAUGAAAUCAAACCUCCCAUCAUACACUAUGACCUUAAACCAGGUAACAUUCUUCUAGUCAAUGGUACUGCAUGUGGAGAGAUAAAAAUCACAGAUUUUGGACUUUCCAAAAUCAUGGAUGAUGACAGCUACAACUCUGUUGAUGGCAUGGAACUGACAUCGCAGGGGGCUGGUACUUACUGGUAUUUGCCACCAGAAUGUUUUGUGGUUGGAAAAGAACCUCCAAAGAUUUCAAAUAAAGUUGAUGUCUGGUCAGUGGGAGUCAUCUUCUAUCAGUGUCUCUAUGGCAGAAAGCCCUUCGGUCACAACCAGUCACAACAAGAUAUUCUGCAGGAGAACACAAUUCUGAAAGCUACCGAGGUGCAGUUCCCUCCAAAGCCAGUAGUCACGCCAGAAGCAAAGGCAUUUAUCAGACGUUGUUUGGCCUACCGAAAGGAGGAUCGGAUAGAUGUCCAGCAGCUGGCCUGUGACCCAUACUUGCUGCCUCACAUCCGCAAAUCUGUAUCUACAAGCAGCCCAGCUGGAGCUGCAAUUGCAUCAACCUCUGGAUCAUCCAAUAACAGCUCUUCAAACUGAGACAGAGUAAUAGGCCAAAAACUGCUUGAGAAACCGGCAAAAAGACUUUCAGAAACAGCUUUGGAAUAGAGGAAUCCGCAAGGGUCUCAAGAAGCCUGUACCAGGUGCUUUUUUUUCUCUUGCUUUUUUCCAUCCAUAGAGCAUGACAACAUCAACUCUCAUCAAGAAAACCUUCGGCAUCUAGGCCAAGCCAUGUGGAUAGGAGAUGGCUUGAGGUUUAUCCAGUAAAUGACCACAAAAGGAUGGCUGCUCUGAGCAAGGAGGGGAAACUCAAGAAAAUACAAAAAGACAUGGUUCCAUGUACUGUGAACUUCUGAACAUGCAGCCUUGGGGAAUCCAGGACGCCGUGUGUGCUUCAUAUGAAGAAUGUGGACUUUGGAAAAAGACUGGGCUAGUCCAGUGUUGAUAUUUAAACAUUGUUCUUUUUCUUUUAAUAAAGUUUAGGUAACAUCUCCUGAAAAGCUCGAAGCACCAAGGUUCAGCUGGGGAUGGUAUAUGACUCUUUGCCCUUUGGAGGGGAAAAAAGUUGAUCCUGCCUGUUCAUGGCACUAGAGUUAGUGUUUUACCCCUAAUUAAUUUCAGUUUUUUAAAAAUAACAAUUUUUUGGAAGAAAACAGUUUUCUGGUCUGAAAGUGAAACCCGUAUUAGCAGGUUCAUGGCAGUGUCCAUUCUGUGGAUGGUGCAGCUUUCUGCUCCCUUGGGGUGGCCUCUUAUGAAUAAUUCACCUUCUCAGGAGGGCAGCGAAGCCCAUAGAAGAACAGGCCUGCGUAGAUCUCCUGUGAUCAGAGUGGAUCACAGCUCAGACUGCCACAAGGUUUUCAGCUGCUGCUUCAUAGCUCUCACAACAGUUGCACCUUUUUAAUUUAUUUGAAGUGCUGUUCUUUUUGAAGACACACCCUGACAUGUUCACGACAUGCUCUCUGCUCUCGUGAGCAUGAUAUCUGUUGACUGUUGAAAAGGCAGGCAGCAAACGGGGAAGAAUCAGAGCACAGCUCAGUUGAUCACAGGUGUGAUCUGUGCUCACGCAGUACUGUACAUAUCUUGUUCAUGUUAUAAAAAUCCAAAGCUGAAGACUUGUCUGCUCUUCUCAGUUAGGUGACUUGGCAGCAAAGCUUCCUCUCUCUCUUAACACUUUCCUUUUAAAACUUGCUGACUUUCCUAACUUGCUGCCAUCGCUGCAUCCAAUUUCAGAUGAGAGGGAAUGAGAUAAUGUUCUUGAAGGGAGCAAACACCCUAAUUAUUAUUCUUGUCUCCCUUCUGUAAUCUGCCUGGAGGGGUCUUACACCUUCAGCUGGAGUCUGCCUGCUGUGAAACGCAAGCCUCUUGUCCCCACUCUGCCCCCUUUUCCCCCCACAUUGAAGGAAAACUGAAAACACACACAAAAAGCACAGCACUUGAACAUGUGGCAGCCAGGUUGGAGUGCUCCUAACAUGUGGCAGGAGUUCAUAGCCAGAAAUAUUUAAAGAUGCAGUGUUCAAGAGCAAAGUUUGUCUCGGAAGGGAGCUGAGCAGUGCACUACUGCAACUCAGGGUGUUGUUUAAAAAACAAAUUGCCCUGUGCCCACUUCCUAACCCAAUACCCAGACCGCUGUGGUGUGGACUAUCCUCUGCGCGGCACCUCCAGGAUUGUACCCAUAGCUCUGGCAGCGCGUGGGCUGUUUGGGGCGCUCGGUACCCAAAUGGCGUUCUCAUGGCAAGUGAUGUUCUCUGUCACGCACUUUUGGAGAGAACUACCACUUGUCUGCCUUAUUGUAAGCCAUCAUCUGCAAAUACAAUGCUUAAACCUGAUCAGGAACUGGUGGUUAAUUGAGAAAUGGAGGAGUCUGUCGAAAUUAAGCAAUGGACCUGGGAAGUGAAGAACUCUGCUGCUCUGAUUUUUAUUACUAUUUUUGUAGUGACUCUUGGGCUUUUAAUUGGAUGUAUUCACUUGCAGCUGCAUUAAGGUGGUCUCUAAACUGUAGUGUUUUAAACAAAGAAAAGAAAUACUGCAUCUUUAAAUCCUCAGCCAUAAUUUCUUAGCCCUUUCCAUCUCUACUGCUCUAUUCCAGAAGUUAACUGUUUAACAAGCAGCACUUCAACAUGUCUAUUCAGCCUCUGUCAGGCGAAAUCAGGGUUGAUGCUUCAUCCCGUUUGCUGAAACUGAUGAUUUGGUGUCUGUCUGCAUCAGGGAGAAUUCUAAAAGGGUUUUUUUCUAUCCUGGUCCCGUUGUUUCUUGGACAUACAGUGUGUGCUAUCUCUGUGGGUGUGAUUAGUUUUGUGUCAGAUGCAUUUAUUCCUGCUGUGCGACACCCAUCCAGGGGCCUAGGGACAGCGUUGGGCUUUCCCGGGGCUGAUAGCGGUGAAGAACCCUGGUAGAAUUCUGGCUGCGACACCUUCCUUGUUAAUAUGGGUUUCACUUCCAAUAACAGACCCUAUUGCCACACUGUUCAUUUACUUAAAGAAAAGUGUAUGAAGAAUUUGUAACUUAAACCAGGCCAGACUGUUUUGGCUCUACCCAACAGAUGAGACAUGGAUAUUAAAAUAAGUUUUAAGAAACUGA